GCUUCCCCGCCCCAAGUAAUAAUGGCGUGGAUCGAAUUCGAGAGGGACUGGACCUACCAAUGGUCUUUGGUCUUGCAGGCCAAAAACCUCGUGGACCACCGUCUCUCAAUCGGCGCCGACACCCAUGCGCUGCUCUACGAGCAGCGGUGGUUGAGGGCCGCCCAACCCAACUGUAACAUCCCUUGGAUGUUUUACAAUGCUGUUGUGAUGGAGCUGGAGGGUCGGUUGUAGGCGGGUUGCGCGUGUUGAUGCGAUCCAAGCCCACGCAAGUUUCUUUGCUG